AGUGGACCUCUGGAGGAUUUCAUGGGUUACCAGGGCCUAAAAACUCACCAUUUGGGUCAGCCCACUAGUAACCAGAUUCUCCAAACUUGACCGGACUGGUGUUCAGGCAGCAAAUGUAGUCUACUUCUAGGUCCAUACUUGAAGCUUUUUAUAGAUUGGUAGACUCUACUUCAGAAUUUACAGUCUGUCGCCAUAGUCACAAGACCCAAGCUCUCCUUCAUGCUACAGGAAGUCACUUGAAAGAGGACUUUGGUGCAAGAACCCAAGUACUAAUCACUGUGCCCCUCUCGUGACAAUGUCUGACCUCUUCAAUCUUCAGUUAGAAAAUGAGGGAUAUCCGGGAUUGCUCAGGACCAUUGAGCACUCUUACAGAACUAAAUGCCAAAGUGAAGGAGAAGUUUCACCACUUACGACUCAAAAUACAGGAGCUUGAGCAGAUGGCUAAAGAACAGGAUAAAGAAUCUGAGAAACAAGCUUUGCUUCAGGAAGUUGAGAAUCACAAAAAGCAGAUGCUCAGCAAUCAGACUGCAUGGAGAAAAGCAAAUCUUGCUUGUAAAAUUGCAAUUGACAAUUUAGAAAAAGCAGAACUUCUUCAAGGAGGUGACAUGAGGCAGAGAAAAACUACUAAGGAGUCCCUGGCCCAGACUUCCAGCAGCAUCACAGAAAGCUUGAUGGGUAUCAGCAGAAUGAUGUCCCAGCAGGUUCGCCAGAGUGAGGAAGCCAUGCAGAUUUUAGCAAAUUCUUCUCGAACUAUCCUGGAUGCAAAUGAAGAAUUUAAGUCUAUGUCAGGAACUAUCCAGUUGGGACGAAAGCUCAUCACAAAAUACAACCGUAGAGAACUGACAGACAAGCUGCUUAUUUUUCUUGCUCUUGCUCUCUUUCUGGCUACUGUACUUUAUAUUCUAAAAAAGAGGCUUUUUCCAUUUUUGUAAGAUUUAUAAGACUAUCUUUUCUUUUGACAACCAGUUAUGAAUCCUCUGUUCCUCUGAGUUCAGCCAGUGCUGCCAGCUCAAACUAAAGUAUGUCAGGUUUAUUUAUUCAAAUUGUUCAGUUUCUUAAAUGGAAAUGCCCUGGGGUUUGCCAGCAUUCUUUUGUAAGAGGUAGGGAGAAGAUUUGAAGGAAAGCAUUUGUUUGGGAAGCUUACAAAGACAUUGAAAUUCUGAAAUCCCCAGGCCCAGCAUUUGUUCUGCCUAAACAGUUUAUGAUCUGAGGCUGCCUUUGUGUAUCUGAUGGACAUCUCUCAUUUCUUCUCUCCCUUUCUCUCUUCCUCCUUUUCACCCACCUAGAAUGCCUUGAGUUCUAGAUUGAAGAGAACUAAAAGGAAAGACAAUGGGAGGGGAGGAAAGAUCAUAAAUUUUUAUCCAUUAUUAACAAAUCUGAUCGUUAUGAGAACAAAAUGCAAUCUGAGUUUAUAACAUGUCACCAUGAGACUAUAUACACUAUAUAUCUUUAUGCUGAAAUACUUCUAAGUUAGCUUCUUGAACUUUUAGAAAGAUUCCUUAAAGUUGCUGUGAUAAGUGGCAUACCAAACUAGGCUAGGCAGUCAGAAUACAGAACAGAUUAAUAGUCUGAUCUCCUCUAUCAGCUCAUCAUCUGAAAGGGCCAAAGCUAAGUAUGACCAAAAAGAGCAAGAUGGGGCUAGGCAGACACCAUAUAUUAAAGUCCUUCCUGGUCCUGAGUUCCAUAAAGAGCCAGUGGAGUAAGAGCUGGGUGAGAACAGGCCUGAAGGUGACAAAAUCUUGUUCUACAGAUUUGGCUGGCCUUUUAUUCCCCAGCUUUCUCAAUACCAGUCUUCCCGACUAUUUAUAGCCUCAGAAGGCUGAGGAGUGAGGCUGAAUGGAGCCUGCACACAAUCCCCCCAUUCCAUGGCGACCAUCUCUAGGGUUGCCUGGCACCUGUAGCAUCUCAAAUUAAAAAUAGCCGAGGGGGCUCAGGAGCAGGCGAGACCAAGGCAGCCACAGCAUUGUUUAAGUCUGUGAAGUAAAUCAAACACAACACAAUUUUGGCACUGGUAGUUAGAAGGCAUGGUUUGAAGAAGCUAUGGGGAAGUGUGAUGUGUCUGGAAUCCUGGACUGAAACUGGGAAAUGGUGUCUAAGUGUAAAUCAUUAGACCUAGUCAUCAAACCAUAUAUAGUUUCUAUGGCAAAAUUUGUAAAAUCAUUAUUGGUAACAUUUUCUUCUGGCUCCAUAAGCCAUACAGCAUCUAAUAUAAGGGUUCCUAUGUUGCAAUUAUUCUAAUGAGAGAGAGCUAUAAUCUAGAGAAUAUAUACAUACACACAGGCAGAUGCUGCUAACAUAUGAACUCUCCCUCCCCCCGCCCCCCCCCCCCCCUCUCUCUCUCUCUCUCUCUCUCUCUCUCUCUCUCUCUCUCUCUCUGUCUGUCUCUGUCUCUGUCUCUGUCUCUGUCUCUGUCUCUCCCUCUCCCCAGAAGAACAGAGGAUGCCAAAGUGGUUAUCAGAAGGAAAAAAUUGUCCUUUUUAGAUCUUACAAAAAUGAAGAAACCUGUAAUGUGUAAACCUGCCUGAUAGGUUAUUUAUAUAUAUGUACACAUUUAUGUAUGUAUAGAUUUGGACAUAUCUUUUAUAUUUUAACUAGACACCAAAUUACAGACAUAAUUGGUUUGUACAUAUUAGUAAUUAAAAUUUUUUGAAUAAUAUAUACUUAAUCCUCCAUAGUAUGUAUUUAUAUAUAUAUUUGUGUAUAGAAUAUAUAAUAUAUUUUCAGAUAUAGCCCCACUAAAAUUUUUUUGUAUCAUCUUGACAUGGAUUGAUCUGGGCCAUGCCAGGGGAACACAAGUUUUCCUACCUAACCAAGACUUUGAGUAUGGGUCCAGCCUCAAUAAAUUGAAAGACCCAUUACUAGGAGGUUGACCAAGAGAUAGUAAAUUUUCCUUCUAGCCACAGCAACUCCUUAAAAUCUUUUGCUGAGACAUGGAGGGAUUGUGAUGCAUGUGUAUUGCUGAAGAACCUCCUCUGCCCAAUACUGAAGAAGUCAAAGAUUCUUUGGAAAACUCACUUAAGCUUUUUGAGCCUGUUUCUUCAUCUGCAAAAUGAGAAUGAUUACAUUUCUGCUUCCUACCUCACUACUGGAUAGCUAGGAGAAAUGAGCAUUACCUUCAAACCCUAAGAGAGCAGUGAUUCUUAAAGCUAUAUAUGUACAUGUUUGUAUGUUUGGGUUUUGUUUUUCUUGUUUUAAAAGUGGUUGAGGGUACUCCAAGAGUUACUCCCACCAGUAUUAUGAAGGACUCCAGAUCAUAACCUUCUUGCCUUAAAGAUCUUUUAUUUUUAAAAAAAUGAAAAAGGUGAGAUGGGAAGAAAAUGAGUGCUUUUAAAUGAAAUGGAUGAUAUACUUAAUCUAUACAUAUAAUAUACACAUGUAAUUUUAAGCUUAGAAUUGAAGUAUAGAUGGAAAAUUCUCAGUCUGACUCCUGUCAUAAAUAUAGAAGAAAGACUUCAAAUAAGGAUUUUGUAUUCUUAAAAGUUUUCUUUCCUAUUUAGCUGUUGUUAAUAUCCUAGAAAUCUUUACAUUUUACAUUUCCUAUUCUUAUUUUUAAUUUGUAAAUAAGAUGAUAUUUAGCUUUUUUGGGGACCAUAAUCAAAUCCAAUUUUUAUUAAAUGUCACUGAUGUCAUCAUAACUUAUACUUUGCAAUCAGAUUGAGUCAGAAUACCAAAUUUAAAAUGUUUCCCGAUUCCAGAGAGUGCUAACCCGAUUCCAUACAAAUCCAGUAGAGGGCAGUGUUUCACCCUCACUUACCCUGUAAAGUGAGUUGUAUUAAGACUUGAGAACUAGAAAGGUAUUUAGGGAUCAACCAUACCAACCUCUUCAUUUUACAGAAUAUAUUGAAUAAAGAUUAAUAUUUGAUGGAAUAUAUUAUUGUGCUUUAAGAUAUGAUGAAUACAGAGAAUCAUGAAAAGACUUCUAUGAACUGAUGCGAAGUACAGUAAGCAGAGUAAGAAAACAAUACACAAUGAUAAUCACAAGAAAAUUAAAUAUGUUGCAAAAUACAGAUGACAAGCUUGGCUCCAAAGAAGAUAUAGAAGAUGACAAUUUCUCCCACUCUUUCAAUGAGGGAGGAAGGUUGCAAAUGUGGAAUAUUGUAUAUAAUGUCAGAUUUUUUUCAAUUUAUUGAUCAAUUUUGCUGAAUAUUUCUCCUAUUUUUUAAGGAAUUCUUUGUUAUAAGGGAUAGCUCUCUGGGAGUGGGGAUCAGGAGGGAUAUAAGGGGAAAUUUAAGUAAUAAAAACAAAAGAUAUCAAUUAAAAAUUCUAUGCGCUGUACCUAAGGCUAGACAUGAGAAAAUAGAUUGUUUAUCAAAGAAAUGCUUGAUAUCUAAUGUGACAAAAGUAUGUUUUUAUGAAGAUGUCAAGAAUAUUUCAACUACUUGUUUACUCAGUACCAAAUUGUAUCAAAUAAUUUACUACUAAAGGAUGUGUGGCAUACUAAAGGCAUAAAAAUAUCGUGAGCAUUCAACUUUAUAUAUAUAUUUUGUGAAUGUAUACAGCUCUGGUUAUUUUCAUUCUUGGGAUUAGAUGUCUUUAAAAUGAUUUUGCUUUUGAUAAUUGGAUCAUGUAACGAAAUCACAGAAUUUAGUAAGUGGUCAUAGAAUUAAAUGUCUGGAAGGUGUAUCUCAGGGUUUUGUACUACAUUUUUCUGUUGCCAGGACUACUAACCACCUGUGUAAUCUAGGGCAAAUCACUUAACCUCUUGGAGCCUCAGUUUUCUCAUUUAUGAAAUGUGGAGACUGAAUUAGAUAAUCUGAAAUCUCUUCCAGCCUUAUGAUCCUAAAUCAUCCAGGAUGAUUAAGUAUCAAGGGUAUUUUCAAGUCUCUAGAAAAGAGGUUUUCUAAUAUUCAGGAAGCCAUUCUUUUCAUUUUUAUCUUAAUUGGGAGCCUAUUAGAUGUUAAGGCAAUGUGUGAGGCACAUACAAAAAUAAAUACUGAGUUUCUA